AUGGCGAUGGUGCUUGAGUUCCUCGUGAGCUCUGGGCUGAGCAAGACAGUAAAGAAGCUAAAGAGCGAGGUCGACCAGGAGUUGCCCAGCGUAGAGGGGAAAAGCUUAACGGAGAUGUAUGAGCUUUAUCAAGCACAUGGCAAAGAAAAGGAUGUGAAGAAACGUAAGAAGGCGAAAUCAGACGAAUCCGAAGCUGACGGAGAGAAGGAGAAUGCAAAGAAGAAGAAGAGAAAGCAGAAACCCUCUACACCCGAAGAUUCCGAAGCUGAGGAAGGUGAAGAUGAGAGACCCAAGAAAGAUUCAGCGGCAAAAGGCAAAUCAAAGAGCAAAGCAAAAGGGGAGCAGAGCGAUUCCGACGAGAGAGCUUCCACAUCAGGACCAGUUGACUCUUCAUCCAAUGAGGCUGACAACCAGAACUCCAAGAGCAGCACACCAUUCAAGCGGAUAAAGGAGGAAGAUGUCACCUACAUGAAGGUACGAGGAGGUCACACGGAAGCUACCCGUCUCAAGGACAACACUUUCGAAUCCAAGAAUGGAGAUGCGUAUGGUGCGAAAGCUGCUGGAAUCUUAGGGCAGGUUCGAGGGAGGGACUUCAGGCAUGAAAAGACCAAGAAGAAGCGAUCGUAUCGCUCUCCGGGAGCCAUCGACCUCUCGAGUAACUCCAUCAAGUUUGAAAGCUCCGAUGAUGAAUGA